UAAGGUCGAGCCGUAGCGAUGAUAGGGGCCAACUUGCGCUUCGGCAUCGGGGCAUCGGGCAAUGUCACGUCAAACACGACCAAGGUAUUCCAGUGCCAUCCAGGCGGCGUCGCGGAGGCAACGGUGAUUUUUAGCCUCGGCACCAUGGGGAUGGGCGCCAACAUCAUGCUCAUGGCUCUUAUACUCGGCAAAAAAUCUCUGCGCAGGUGGUCGCAAGGCUUGCUGUUUCACCAAGCGCUGGUGGAUUGCGCGAGAGCGGCUAUACUCUUGCCUCUGGGCUCAAGCAUACUCAACUGUCAGCCGGUCAAUAAGUGCUCGCUUGUCGAGACGGCCUUCCUCCUACUCGUCACUGUUUCGACCGUCAAUAUGCUGACCACUGUAUUGAACGACAGCCCCGUGUUUGUCGAGGACAAUGACGAGGACAGCGAUAUUGCUGCGCCUAUUCUUAUGGACUCGCCACAGUGCGUGAUUUUCGGCACGUUCAUGAUCUGGUUCGCGAGCAUCACGAUAAACCUGGGCCCGACCUUCCUGAGCGGUGCGCUGGCAGCCAACACCGAGUCCGGCUACAACGCGCCGAGCUGUCCCCUCGUCCAUGGGCCCUUCCGCCACUACAUACUCAAUCUUCUCUGGAUCUUCAUCAACAUCAUCUGCGUUGCGCUCACGCUCUUUCACCUCAGGAAGCUACACAGGGACCUGACCAAGCCAAACGUCGAGGCAGUGCGAGUGACUGGCCUCGUGACUACACUGGUCAACGUGACGGGUGGCCACGGGGGUGGUGUAGGCAGUCAUCCUGGAGGCACUAACCCUCACAGCGAGCACGGCUCGGCGGUCGAUCUUAGAAGGAGCAGCGGUACACCCAAGAGGAUAGGCGCGCUGGAGGAGCACCGCAAGAUGAGGAACUACCUGCGGCGAAUAGAGCGCGACGGUGUCCAGCGAGUGAAGAUGUUUCUCGUCAUCACCGCGGCUUACGUCAUAUUCUGGGGUCCUCUGUUCUUCGUGACGCUUGUGCAGCACCCGGCCAUCGGUAAUCCUACAGGAUACGAGGUGACGCUGCACAUCGCCUACGUGCACGCAUUCGUGAACCCAACGCUCUUCCUGACCCUCCACCGAGGCCUGCGCCAAGGGAUGACGGACGUCUGUUGCGGCUGCUGCGAGAGCUUCGCCCGCUGGAUCCUGGGCGCGACGGCACCCCCGGCCAGUCCGAUGCUGCACCGGCACCCACCCCCACACUACGAAUCGGCGCUCAGGGCCGCCUCGACCCCGGAACUCCUGCCCCACAUAGGCUCGGGUUGGACUCCGAUGACCCCGAGCAGGAUCCACCAGACGGCUCACGCGGGCAGUGCCUGCGACCUCAGCGACGUGGCCAUGCUCAAGGCGCCCUUACCCCCACAGCCGAAGCACCAUCACAUGAGCGAGGUGCCAGACCCCUGGAGUCUACCCUCGUCCCGACCAAAGAGCACACUGAGCCUACACGCCGAGUUAUCACUGAGCAGGCCGAGCUUGCUACUUCCGCCUCCGCCUGAACUGAGCGACCAGCACCUACAGGCGGCGAUCAGCCCGACGAGCAGUGACCCGCAGAGCGAGUGACGUCAGAGGGCCAGCAGCGAGUCAGCCGCCCGCGAUGAAAAUCGACGCCUCAGGCCGGCCCUCGUGCGCGAGGGAUUACUCGAUUUGGUCCAAGCUGGCG